GAUAGCGGCGAUCUGGUAUAUCUUGAUUCAAAUGAUUAUAAGGAUGGCAAGAUUCCGGAGCAUUUUGACAUGCAUGAUCCGAAGUGGUUUCGUUCGGGCGCAACAGGUCCGUCCCUUGACACUGGUUUGACAUUUCACCUUCGCAAAGAUUCGAUGAAUGCGAAGAUGGGAACAUUGAAAGAGCUUCCGUAUAUGUUCAAUUAUGGAACAAAUGUCGGAGGAGGAAGGAAUCUAACACAUGAAGUUGAGAGUAAACAUAUGAAUAAUAUGUGUAAGUAUGACGCCGAUGCCAUCUGUGAUGUGGACAGCGCGUCUUUAUUGGUAAAAGAAGGGUAUCGUAUUGUGAUGGAUACUGACGUAGUAAAUGCAUUUUUUGUUUCCAAAGAUGGGAAUCAAUGGAUUUACAGAGAAAAGGAUGGGUUGUAUACUUAUGAACCCCAUGAGGGGCAGAGUCACUGCAAUGUGUGCAUGGAAAUUGGACCGACGGGUGAAGCCUGCAGGUCGUGCAGAGCCCACGUUGGUUUCGUGCCGGGUGAAUCGUAUCAUGGCGGCAACGAUAAUACAACUAGUCAACAUACUUCCCGUUACUCUGGUCUCCAAACUGUAAAAAAUAACAUAGAGGGUUACACCCCACAACAAGUUGACCGAGCGAACGCUGCAAGAUCCGGGUAUCACAUGGGUGGUGCACCAGGGAUUGAAGCAUUCAAAGUUGCCGUACGCUCAGGUUUAUUCAAGAAUUGUCCCAUCAGAGAAGAAGACAUUGUUAUUGCUGAUAGGAUUUAUGGACCAAGCGCUUCAGUUCUUAAAGGAAAGACUAAGCGUCCUACCCCGGAAGCAAUCCGGGAUGAUUGGGUUGAGAUCCCACAUGAAUUGUUGGACUGCGGAGUCGUUGUAUACGCAAUCGAUCACGUGUUGCGCAUUUACAACCAUGCUGAUUUUACAAUCAAGACUAUCUACUGUGAUGGUGAAUUUAGACCAGUUUUUGAUGAUGUUAAAGAUGAGAUGAAUGUUGAUAUGAAUUAUGCGAGCCAGGGGGAACAUGAUCCCACGGCGGAACAAAACAACCAACAGAUCCGUGACGAAGUGUACACAAGGGAUGGAGUGUCAUUUAUUCAGCAGUAUUAUCUUAACCAAGGAUUGAAAAUUUUCAAAGAACGAGGAAAAGAAGCUGCGCUCAAGGAACUUGAUCAACUGAUCAAACGAAGUUGCUGGACACCCAUCAGUAUUGGUGAAUUGACUGAAUCCGAGAAUAGGAAAGCAGUCGACGCGAUGAUGUUACUGGCAGAGAAAAACAGUGGUGAUAUCAAAGGUCGUUUUGUAUAUAAAGGAAAUGAGACAAGAGACUGGCUGUCUCGGGAAGACACAGCUAGCCCAACCGCAUCGCAUGAAGGUAUCUGUUGCACAGGAGUGAUUGACGCGCACGAAGGUAGAUGCAUGAUGUCAAUGGAUAUUCCAAAUGCAUUCAUUCAGACCUUAAUGCCAGAUUUAGGUGAUGGAGAGGAUCGGGUGAUCAUGAAGGUAACUGGACUGAUGGUCCAAUACAUGAUCGAUUUGGACCCGACCUAUCGCGAUUAUGUUGUUUAUGAGAAUGGCAAGAGAGUGAUCUAUGUUGUGAUCCUUCGUGCCAUAUAUGGGAUGUU